UUGGAAUUUCUAGAACCGCUAAUCAACUGUCAUCAAAAUGCUAUCUAUCAGAACGGGCGAUGCUACGUUCCAUACACGCUAAAGGAACCGCUGCCGUUGUUUGAUGCGCAAACAGGGUGUCGGAGAGAGUUUAUCUUCAAAAAUCAUGAGUUCCAGGGUGGACAACUUGCAUUCUCGGUCGGAGAAACAGCACAGAACGAAAUAAUUGCCAGUAUUCGAAAGCAAAACAGCAACAAUAACGGUUCGUGCUUCUGGAUGGGAGAAAGUGACAGAUCUUCAAAUGAAUCUCAGUGCAAAUGUUUCUAUGUAACGAAUGCGAACGCGAUUUGGAGUAACACGAAUUGCGACAGCCUUCAGCAGUGGGUGUGUGAGUUCGCACCCGAAUCCAGCACCCCGCGGCCCAUCGAAUGUUACAGCAAACCAACGGAGCAGGCUGUUGUUUUUAAUGGCCAGUUCUGCACUGAAUGGUAAUU